AUGAAGAAGGGACAUAUGGAUAUGAUCGAAAGGGUUUACAAUGACAUCCCUGCCUUUUCGGACAUCUUCACCGAGGAGACCUUCUACAUCUUUGCCUUUUGCUUCGUCAUCUUCACCAUCUUCGUGGCAUUCGUCCUGUCGCGAUUUAUCACCCUCAAACCAAUGGACUAAGAAAGUCAUCCCGGAUGCGAAACUCAUUGUAUUUUGAGCAAAAUAAUGAUUAUAAGAGGGCUCACAGAAUAAACAAAAAUUAGUUAAAUGUA